GAGAGGCUUGCAGCAGAGCAGGAAGCGACUGCUACAGAGCGCGCGCGGGGGGGGGACCUGCAAUCAACGACGACAUCAACAGCACUGCGGCUCGGGAAUAUCUUUCUUCACCAUCAUGUAGCUUCGAGACAGAACGAUUGCAGAUAUACACUUCUAUAAUAGCUGGAUAUAAUAGUGUGUCUGUGCAUUGAGCAACAUUUUAAAAUCAAAUAAAAAUCCAAAUUGGAUGAGGAAUCGCAAGCUGGCUAGGCUAACUGCUCCAGGAAAAAUGAAGGAGGUGAAGGGUUGCGGUAUGCGGUCCUCCGUGGGCUUUCUGUCCCAGAGAAGGCUCUUCGGUAACCCGCUGAUGAAGGAAGAAUUUCAGAGACUCCGGUUGGCAGGAUGCACGAGCCUUUACAAGAAAGAUAUGCUGGGACAUUUCGGGUGUGUCAACGCCAUCGAGUUUUCCAACAAUGGAGGAGAAUACCUUGUGUCCGGAGGGGAUGACCGCAGGGUGUUACUAUGGAACAUGGAGAGAGCUCUUCAUGCCCGCUCAGCCAAGCCUCUCAAACUGAAGGGAGAACACCUCUCCAACAUUUUCUGUCUGGCAUUCGACAGCACCAACAAAAGGGUGUUUUCUGGGGGCAACGAUGAACAGGUCAUCCUUCAUGAUGUAGAACGAGGCGAGACUCUGAACGUGUUCCUUCACGACGAUGCGGUGUACGGCCUGUCAGUCAGCCCCGUCAACGACAACGUGUUCGCCAGCUCCUCGGACGACGGACGGGUCCUCAUCUGGGACACACGGGAGCGGCCGCACGGAGAGCCCUUCUGUCUGGCCAACUACCCAUCAGCCUUCCACAGUGUGAUGUUCAACCCGGCAGAGCCCCGACUGCUGGCUACAGCCAACUCCAAGGAAGGGGUGGGGCUGUGGGACAUACGCAAACCUCGCACUUCUCUGCUGCGGUACGGCGGUAGCAUGUCCCUCCAGAGUGCCAUGUCGGUGCGUUUUAACAGCGCAGGGACCCAGCUCCUGGCCUUGCGUCGCAGGCUACCCCCGGUCCUCUACGAGCUACACUCUCGCCUACCCAGCUUCCAGUUCGACAACCAGGGCUACUUCAACUCCUGUACCAUGAAGAGCUGCUGCUUCGCUGGAGACGAGGAUCAGUACAUCUUGUCUGGAUCAGAUGACUUCAACCUUUACAUGUGGAGAAUCCCCAAGGAUCCUGAAGCAGGAGGCCCGGGUCGUGUGGUCAACGGAGCGUCCAUGGUCCUGAAAGGUCACCGUUCCAUCGUGAACCAAGUCCGGUUUAACCCCAGCACUUAUAUGAUCUGCUCCUCCGGGGUCGAGAAGGUCAUCAAGGCGUGGAGCCCCUACCAGCAGACGGAGAGUCUGGGAGACCUGGAUAGUCUUGUGGAGGAUAAGUCCAGGAGUCUGUACAGCCACGAGGAGUACAUCAACUUGGUCCUGAACAGCGGCAGUGGCCUGAGCCACGACUACGUCUCACAGUCCAUCCAGGAGGAUCCUCGUAUGAUGGCCUUCUUUGACUCUCUGGUUCGUCGGGAGAUCGAGGGCUGGAGUUCGGACUCAGACAGUGACCUGAGUGAGGGGGCCAUCCUGCAGCUCCACGCCAGGGGACGACGCUCCACACGGUCUAUAAGAGACGGCGCCGGGGUCCUGGUUGGGAGUGGAGUCGCCACGCCUGUACCGCCCUCUGCUGCUGCUACCGCCGACUCAGACCACUCCUCAUCGUCCUCAUUAGCUGCCCCCGAGGCCUCUGGGGCGGAGCAUCCUGAAGGGGUGGAGCCACUGCAGCCGAGGAGGCGUGGCAGCAGAUAUCAGCAGUCUGUGUUCUUAUUGGACCUGGUGGGAGAGGACUCUGACUCCAGUGGAUUCUGGCCAGACCCCAUGCCCCGGCCUCGCUCUCCCAGCCCCCGAGACAACUCCACCCUCUCCAGCCCCACCUCGUCCCCCGCCGGCGCCUCCUCUAGCUCCUCCUCUUCCACCUCCUCCACCAGCUCUGAGGACGAGGAGCAGAGGAGAGCCAGUAGGAGACAACGUACUGCAGCCCGCUGGCGCCGCAUGCAUUUCCCCCGCCUGUCCAGUGGGGGGCGCCCUGAGUCCGCUCAGGCCUUGUACCCCGGGGGGGUCGACUCCUGCUCCUACCCCAAGAUCUCAAUCGACGAGGCCUCAUCCUCCUCCGCGUCCUCCACGGAGCUUCAGCAGGACCAGGACUCGGUUCAGAUCGGACCCCACAGAAGUGGCUCUAAAACGGGGAGACGCAAGUCGCACACCCUUCCUGGUUCUAGCCCUGCGGUGUCUCUGGACAGCCAGGACGACCGAGCGGAGCAGGAGGGGCUCCUCAUCGCCUCCCUUCUGUCUCAAGACGCCCUGCAGCAGAGGAACGAGUCCCGGGCAGGAAGGGUUGGGGAGAGGAGGGCUGCUUUAGAGAGGAUGGCCGAGGGCUUAGAUAGUCCUGAAGAGGCCGACGAGUCAGACCAUAGUCGCUGGAUCUCCCCUAGUUCCAGACACCACAGCCCUGGGCUGAACGGACUGCAGCACCUUGACAUGACUGAGGUGCCGGUAGGCUGUAGGGGUCGCCUGGCUCCAGACCUAUUUGAAUCCUCAGACUCCGAGGGAGAGAGAGAGACCUUAGAGUUGAAAUCAGCAGGCACUAGGACCCUGGUGGAGGAGGAGGAGGGGGAGGAGGGGGGGUCGUCAUCGUCUCAGAGAGGCCCAUCCCAGGGUGCGCUGAAACGGACUCACCUUGGGUCAAGAGGUCAAGGGUCAGGGGAAGGGUCAGGGGGGUCGGAGACCUCAGAGAAGAAGUUAAAGACAUGAUGAUUGCACCUGAGGUGCCAGGUGAUCAUUUGGUUUAGGACCGGUUAUGUCUCAAAUGACACCCUGUUCCCUACGGUGUACUACUUUAGGGCUACAGUAACCCAUAGACAGUAACCCGUAGACUACAGUAACCCGUAGACUUUAGGGCUACAGUAACCCGUAGACUUUAGGGCUACAGUAACCCGUAGACUUUAGGGCUACAGUAACCCGUAGACAUUAGGGCUACAGUAACCCGACAUUAGACAUUAGGGCUACAGUAACCCGUAGACUUUAGGGCUACAGUAACCCGUAGACUUUAGGGCUACAGUAACCCGUAGACUUUAGGGCUACAGUAACCCGUAGACUUUAGGGCUA